AUGUCGGGCCGAGCUCCUUACAACCCUUUUAAUCCUUAUGACCCGUAUGACCCAUACGACCCAUACAGCCCAUACGGCCCAUACAAUUCUUACAGUCUGGUCAAUCCGUAUAAUCCUUAUACGGCGCAUGGGACUCCAGAUUCCCGAAGUCCAACGCAAUCCAUCAUUGAAGAGGAGAGGACGUUAAUAGGUGGGACAGGCUAUUCGAGGAUAGGUUCUCUCCAAGAGGAAUGGCAGAACACCGACUUUGGACCUGAGCAGAAACUUGCGGAGAAAAAGCCUGAGGCACCGGCGAAAGACGAAUUCCCUGAUGGAGGAUUGCGCGCUUGGAUGGUUGUAGCGGGCUCCAUGUGUGUUACUUUCGGAACGUUUGGAUUUGUCAAUGCUUGGGGUGUUUUCCAAUCCUACUAUCAUGAGGAUAUUAUGGCGGAUGUCAGCCCAUCUGCGAUCUCCUGGAUAGGAUCCAUCCAAUACGCCCUAGUUUUUUUUCCUGGGCUGAUAGUCGGGCGGCUUUUCGACUUGGGGUACUUUCGAAUUCCCCAGAUUGCUGCCAGUAUCGUCCUUGUGGGCGGAACAUUUCUGACGGCAGAAUGCAAAGAAUACUGGCAGUUUCUGAUUUGUCAGGGCGUUGGCGUUGGGCUCGCCUCUGGUUUCCUGUUCGGCCCAGCAAUUGCCGUAGUAUCACACUGGUUUCAAAAACGCCGUGGUUUAGCAUUUGGCAUAAUCGCAUCCGGGGCAAGCAUCGGAGGAACGGUGAUCCCUAUUACAGUGCGCAAGCUCAUUCCGCUUAUCGGGUUUCAAUGGGCCAUGAGAGUGAUUGGCUUCAUUGAGCUGGCUGUCCUCGGUACCUCCAUCCUGACUCUUCGCCGCCGCUUGCCAGGCAGGAAAACUUCCGGUGGAUUGUUAAACUUCCAGUCAUUCCUUUACAUCCCAUAUUCCCUCUACGUACUGGCGGCAGUUAUAUCAUUCUUGGGGUUGUAUACAGUCCUGACCUAUCUUGAGGUCUACGGAAGAGAGGGAGUAGGGAUCCCAAAAGAAUUUUCUAUCUACCUGAUUCCCAUUGCUAAUGCCGCCUCCUUAGUCGGGCGAGUAGGGUCAGGUUACGUCACCGAUAAAGUAGGGCCUCUCAAUACCCUCAUCCCGAGCACGCUUGUUGCCGGUAUAUGUACAUUCAUCUGGCCAUUUGCACGCUCUAAGGGUGCUCUUAUCGCUGUGUCUUCUGUUUACGGCAUCGCAUGCGGGACCUUCGUUGGCAUGUUGCCUGCUCCUGUAGCCAAAAUGGGCAGCCCUGAAGACGUUGGAAGAAGAACCGGUAUGCUCAUGACAAUUGCGGCGACUGGUGCUCUCGCUGGCCCGCCAAUAUCCGGAGCCAUCUUGGGCAAGACUGAUAGCUUUGUUGCUGUUGGAUUAUAUGCAGGUUCAAUGAUUAUUGUUUGUGUCCUUAUGCUCAUUGCAGUCAAAUAUACUGCUCUGAAGAAAAUCUCCGGUAAAUUUUAG